CCACCUCUCCCUGUCUGUCCCUGCCAGCUAUCCCCUCUUCAGUCUAUCAUGAAUGCUGCUGCCAGACUCAUCCACCUUACUAACCGUUCUGUAUCUGCCACCCGUCUCUGCCAAUCCCUCCACUGGCCCCCAUUCAGUGUCCUCCACACCUCUCUGCCAAUCCCUCCACUGGCCUCCACUCAGUGUCCUCCACGCCUCUCUGCCAAUCCCUCCACUGGCCCCCACUCAGUGUCCUCCACCCCUCUCUGCCAAUCCCUCCACUGGCCUCCACUCAGUGUCCUCCACCCCUCUCUGCCAAUCCCUCCACUGGCCUCCACUCAGUGUCCUCCACCCCUCUCUGCCAAUCCCUCCACUGGCCUCCACUCAGUGUCCUCCACGCCUCUCUGCCAAUCCCCUCCACUGGCCCCCACUCAGUGGUCCUCCAUCCCUCUCUGCCAAUCCCUUCACUGGCCUCCACUCAGUGUCCUCCACCCCUCUCUGCCAAUCCUCCACUGGCCUCCACUCAGUGUCCUCCACCCCUCU